AUGCCAGCGUCAAAUACAGAGGGUGUCAAAGCUGCAAAUCCAGUACAUUCACAAGCCACAUCAACUCCUACCGAGUCAAGUCCAUACAAUUACACCACUGAAGGAAAAGCGACUAUUUUGACCCCUAAGAAAGAUGAAGUUUUCUACAACCCAAUCCAACAAUUCAAUAGAGACAUUUCUACUUUGUCAAUCAUUGCAUACGAUCAGCUUCGUGCUGAACAAAAUGAAUUAAAGAAUAAAAGCAAAAACAAAAAACGCAAAUUACUCGGGUUAACUAUUUUGGAAGCAUUAUCAGCUUCUGGGUUGAGAUCGUGUCGAUAUGGAUUGGAAAUCCCCAAUGUUUACAAAAUUGUUGCUAACGAUUUAUCUCCUGAUGCAGUUGCAUCGAUCAAUAGAAACAUUGAACAUAAUCAACUUAUCGGGAAGGUUGUUGCCAAUCAAGACGAUGCUAUAAAAUUUAUGGCAUCAACAACAAACAAAUUCAACAUAGUUGAUCUUGAUCCUUACGGUACUGCAUCCCCGUUUCUUGAUUCAGCAAUUCAAUGCAUAGAGGAAGAUGGAAUGUUGUUGGUUACAUGUACCGAUGCUGCUGUUUUAGCUGGCAGUGGAUACCCUGAAAAAUGCUUUGCAUUGUAUGGUGGGAACAAUUUCGGCAAUUCAUAUAUCAAUAGUGAAACAAACCAUGAGGUGGGGAUACGAUUGAUGUUGCAAUCGGUUGCUGCCACUGCAGCCAAAUACAAAAAGUCAAUUGAGCCAAUGUUAAGCUUAAGUAUUGAUUAUUAUUUCCGAGUUUGGGUGAAAGUAAAGACAAGUCCAAUUAGAGUGAAAAACUUGGCUAGCGAAACCAUGCUAACUUUUGGCUGUAAUGGAUGUGGACACAAAAUUGCACAACCAUUGGGUAUUCGGAAUGAUAACAAGUACGUGUACCCAAAGUUAGUGGGUCAAGUCAGCAGUCACUGUCAAUUCUGUGGCAGUACUUUUAAUGUUGCUGGACCAAUGUUUGUGGGCCCCUUGCAUAACCAAAAGUUUAUCAAUAAAAUACUUCAGCUUAAUGAAAAUUGCGAUAAACAAACAUACAAAACAUCAGAACGAAUAAAAGGGAUGUUGACCCUAACACAAUCGGAAUUAGACUCGGUUCCAUUUUUUUACAAUUUGAACCAUUUAAGUUCAAUGUUUAAAUCACCACCAAUAUCAAUUGACGAAUAUAGUAAAGCAGUGGGGAACAUGGGUUACAAGUUGAGUUUGACUCAUGCCAAAAAAAAUUGUAUUAAGAGUGAUAUACCAUGGGAAAAGAAUCUCGAAAUUAUUCGUCAAUGGACAAUCAAGCAAAACAAGGCAUAUGUUGAAGAAAUGAAGUCCAAAUUUGAGUCAGAAGGUUCAUUAAAUGAAAAAAUUACUGAAAAGUUGACUAAAUUGGAACAAGAUAUAACUUAUAGUCCGAACUUGAAUGAAAAAUCUGUUGGUGCGCAAAUACUCAAUUACUUAAAAAAGCAGGAAUUGGCAACUGAUGUUGCCGUUGAUUUUGAUACUUCCAAUGAAGAGAGUGACAAGAUUCUGAAGUUGCGAAAGGUGAAGAUGGUUAGAUAUCAAGAGAAUCCGACAAAGAAUUGGGGUCCAAUGGCGAGGCCAAAGUAA